GAUUAUUACAUUUAAAGCAGACGCCAUUGUGACGAGCGCACAGGAAGGAGCACGCAGCAAGGUCAGUUGUUGCUCUCGGGCUGUUCGGGUACGUUCGACCUCAACGAAAAUAAAAUGGCAGUGAAUGAAAGGUUAUUACAUGUAUCAAUAUUUGGAAUAAAUCUGGCUGUGUUAAUUCGCCUAAUGAUGGUUGGAAAUGUUACUUUGGCUAAACCAAAUAUAUUGUUCAACUUUUAUAAACGAUUCAAUAUGAGAUUUUUAACCAAAUGGACCUUUAUGAUAAAUUUGACUUAUUACUUUUGCAUGGUUCUGGUCCACAUACUCAACAUGUUAUCUGUUAAUUCCAAAACAAGUUUCAAACUUCGGAGAUUUGCAGAUGCUCUCUUUACGACAAUUGUGGUUCCUAUUGGAAUGUUUAUCACACUGGCCUUUUGGACAAUAUACCUUAUAGACAAAAACCUUAUUUUCCCAAACUGGCUGGAGGAAGUGAUCCCACUUUGGGUGAACCACGGUAUACACACAUUUAACUCGGUCCUUCCAUUGGUGGAUUUGGUUCUCGUGAAGCACACAUUUUCAACAUGGCCAGAGACUGUAUUUUAUAUUGCAUUGUAUUUUGCAUCUUAUAUGAUCUGUCUUUUUGGGACAUAUUUCCAGCAUGGGAUCUGGCUCUACCCAAUAUUCUCAAAGAUGACCUUUAUACAGAGUGUCUGUUUCUGCUUGGCAAGUUAUUUUCUGUCUUUGAUAAUUUACUUCAUUGUGAGACUUAUUGGAAUAAGACUGGGUAAUGUAUUCUUACAAAUAGUUGUAUUAUAUUCAAUUGUAUUUAACAUUCGAUCAGGAGUGCCCAGAAGGGGGUUUCAUGGCGCAAGUUGCACCAUCAAAAUUUUUAAGAAGGCCAUAUUUUGACGAAUUUUGGAAUUUUUGAGUGGGGGAGAGGCUAAGUUCGGAAGGGAUUAUGAAUUUUUGGACAAGGGGAAAACAUGGAGCAGACCGCAGCAAGUGUAAUUUUAUAUGAUCUACUAUUUUUCUAAUUCUACCUUAACUUGCUCUGUUUUUAAGAAAAGAUGGGUAAAAAAAUAUCUUGGAAGGAGGGAGGGGGGGGGGAGAGAUAGAUUCUUGCGCUAUCUAUCUUGGGAAGUAUGGGCAUUCCUGCAUUCGAUUUUAUUAUAUGUAUUUACAUUAAUUGUAUUUAGUUAAUUUUUUUAUUUUUUGCAGGUACCUCUGUUGUGAAAUCGCAUCAAAAGGAAAAGAAACAUUCAAAUAAAUCAUCCUAAUAGAAAAAUGUUGUUUCUAUUUGUUUUUAAAUUAAUUUAUUUCCUGAAAUUAUUUUUGUAUUUAUUUUUAAAAAUCGAGCGAUUUAUGAAAGAAAGCAUGUGAUGUACUUAAAGUUAAAUAAAUGUAUUAUUUAAAUUUUGUGCGCAUUUAUAAAAUAUAUGAUCAUUUUUAAUUAAAUA